AUGGAUCAACCCCCGAGACCCGGGAGUCCGCCCCGCCGGCUGCGGGCCUGCGUGCCGUGUACAAGGGCCAAGGCCCGCUGCAACUUCCGCGAGGAGAAUGCCGGGAAGCACCUCUGUGACCGCCUAAAAGGCCAAGGAGACCCUGAUGCCACCGGCAGACAACACACCUCGGAUGCCGGCUAUCUCUACCCAGCCGCUCAAGACGGCCUCAAAGACCCGAACACGCCUCCGUUUGGCUUCACAUGGGCCCAAGCAAGCUUCAUCCUCAACGACUUCCGCGACAAGUUCACGCCAAACUUCCCGUUCGUCAUCAUAGACCGCCAUACGAGCCCGCAAGACCUCCUCCGCGAGAAGCCAUUUCUCUUCCGCGCCGUCAUGCUGGCGGCCGCGCCGCUCCCGCGUCCCCGCAUCGCCAACAUACGGAGCGAGGUGCUAGCGUACCUCGGCCAUCGCAUGCUGCUCGAGAACGAAGAGAAGCUGGACCUUUUGCAGGGGAUUCUAGUCAUUGUGAUGUGGGCCGACAUCAAAUACUUCUACGACAAGCAAAUCACCCGCCUGGUCUACCUGGCCCUCGGCUACGCCCACAGCAUCGGCAUCACCCGCAUCCCCCUCUCCGUCCUGUCAUCCACGGGGACCGCCGCCACCACGGCGCAGCCGGACGACUGCUUCGCGUCCCGGAUGGCCGCCUCCAUGAUCCAGCACCACACCCCCGAGGAGCAGCGCGCCUUCCUCGGGCUCUUCUACGUCGUGACGGUCAACUCCAACCAGUUCGCCCGCCGCAACCCGCUGCUGCAGCAGAACGGCGGGGGCGGCGGCGGCGGCCUGUACGUGGACAUCUGCUGCGAGCAGCUAGCGAGGUCGGGCUCGCCCGAGGACGCGCUGGGCGUGAGGAUGGUGCGCUUCAUGCAGAUCUCCGGGCGCAUCGCCGAGGUGUUUGGGUCGUUUGCGAACCGCGCCACGGGGGAGUCGUACGCGACGCUGUUCGAGGCGCAGGCCGUCGCCAUCAGGAGGGAGGUGGACCGCAUCGCGGACGAGAUUGACCCCCGAGACCCCUACUUCGCAUACCUGUGGAUGCAGUACAACUGCGUUCUCGUGCAGCUGUACGAGCCGGCAAUCAACGCCGCGACGUCGACCCCGCUGCACCGCACCACCUGCCUCCUGGACUGUCUGGCGGCCGCGAGGGCGUACUACGAGGCCCUCACGACGCUGCCCCCGGAGCAGUUCCUCUACCGCACAUCGGCCAGCAUCAGCCACGCGCAGACGGUGGUGACGGUCACGACGAGACUGCUGGUUCUCGAGGUCGAAGGGUGGGAUCUGGAAUCUGCCAGGGCAUCACUCGACUUUCUCGACGUGACGGAGCGGAUGGCCGUCUUGUUCAGGAGAACAGUGGACGCAGGUCGGGAGAGGAUGGAGCAAUUCUCUGUGGAGACUGGCGCGGCUUACCCAUGGAUAGAAGAUGAGAACACGGAGAGCAGAGGAGGGAUGUGCGAGGAGCUGGUUGAGAAGAUGGGAUGGAUCAGUGACUGGUACAGGUCCAAGCUUGAGGUUGAGGAGGGAAAGAUGGCAUCAGACAAAGUCAACAGGGAGUUGCUGGAAGAGAUUGCACGAAUAUGGCAAUGGUCUCCGAAUGCUCAGAGCUUGCCGUUUUUCGGCGGCUUGUUGAAUCCUCUCGAUGUUAGUUAUGAGGGUAUUUGA